CAUAAUAUCAUAAUUAAUGCCGACUUAAGCUACAACCAUCAUCAAGUGUGUUGUAGUAUUUUGACAGACACCUACUGUUAGACUACACCAUUGAGUUCACACGAUGGCUCAAUUACCGCCGCAGACGAUCCAUAGGGAUCCCCAGCUUUUCUACUGGAUCCUGCUUCCGAUUACUGCUGUGAUGAUUCUAACUGGCGUUCUGCGAUACUAUGCCACCGUCCUCAUGCAAACGCCUCCCAAGAAGCUCGACCAGAAAGCCACGAGAGAGCAACGGUCUCUACUACAUGGUAUCGCCGUGCGUAGUAACUUUCACGUAUUAUCUGCACCAUCUUUCCGCGUGAGGAGAGACUACCUCAUCAAUGCCUACGAAUCCGGCGCUUUCCUGAAAGAUCCCGAGCGUCGCGGCCAGCCUCCCCCGAACCCGAUGACCGAUCCCGGUGCCAUGGACGGCAUGAUGGGUAUGAUGAAGAAUAACAUGGCCAUGAUGAUUCCGAACACCCUUAUCAUGAGCUGGAUCAAUGCCUUCUUCAGUGGAUUUGUUAUCAUCAAGCUACCUUUCCCUCUUACCAUCAAGUUCAAGAGUAUGUUACAGGCCGGCGUCGCAACCAAGGAAAUGGAUCCCAGAUGGAUGUCGAGUAUCAGUUGGUACUUCUUGUGCUACUUUGGUCUGCAAUUUGUAUUCAACUUCUUGCUCGGGAAUGAGAACGCUGCCAACCAGAUGGCCCAACAGAUGUCGGGAAUGGGGCCCCAAAACGCCCAAAUGUUCGGGCCUGGUGUUGAUCCUGAUAAACAGUUCAAGACGGAGGCUGAAAACCUUGCUGUGGUUGAACAUUACUCGGUCUUGGACGGAGUAGAAGAUCGAUUACUCGAGGGUAUCAAGUCUAAAUAAGAGGGCUGAGUAGCUAAUCAGCCAAACCUACGCAAGUAGCGAUUCCCAACCAAACGCCACCAUAUGCAGUUGUAUACAGUUAGUUAAAGAAAGCACCUAUGAAAUCACUCCCACCACAAACAGACCCCGAGACCUUCCUUCAUCAUAGUCCCCUUUAUGCGGUAAGGGGAUAGCUUCUUCGCCUUGUCGACUGCUUCUUCCUCGGCACUCUCAGGAGUCUGGUCGUGCCAUUCCUCUUCAAUUACCUGGAGGCGAACCAUCUCGUUCUUGUCGUACCACAUCGGAUCACCCUCGGGGUCAUAGAUCCAUGUCCACGCAUUCUCAUUAUGGUUGCUAGAGGGUGGUGAGUCCACUUGCAAUGAAUAUGAAUAUAGAAUAGACCGGGUGGUACCUACUAUUGUGUGUUUUCGGGUAACUCCUUAUACUCCACAAAUAUAUCUUCAAAGAAUUCAGUGCGGACUGGUAUUAGUUAGUGGUAGUUUUCUAUGAAGGUGCGAGAAGUUUGAUGGAGAACAUACUGUGGAUUCCAUCUUGACUGGCUUCACUGAUCCUCCCAAACACGGUCUCACCCUUGAAGGGCCUGAAGACGAUCAUACGAAACUCGACUAUUAUCUAAAAGUUAGCAUUGCUGUUUACGAGCUGUUUCCUCGUAAUAAAAUAAAUAGAAGAUGAGAUAUACCGUUGA